AUGGGUAUCGUCAAUUGUAAUCAGGAUAUUUGUGCAAUUUCAGCAGAUCAGAGAGUAGCUGUCGUCUCGGAAAUCAUCGAUUUGGCAGCCCUAGUUGCUGGACAAAAUAGCCGGUGGAACUGUGAGAUAUCCGACCGGAGAUAUGUGAAAAACAUCAUUGAUGCUACUUCGGCUAUUGUCGGUGGUUUUGCUGGUGGCGCGGCUGGCAUAGCUAUUGGUAAUCAUUUAUGUUCUCGUGUGGGUACAUUGAUUGGUGGAUUCACUGGUGGCAUUAUCGGCACUGUUGGUGCUGCUGCUUUGUCAAAAUGGCUUACCGAAUAUUUCUUCGACUUACCGCCAACUGUCGCUUUGGAAAAGGCAUACAGCUAUUUGGAUCUUAAGGCACGUUGCACGAACACCGACAUUAAUUCGGCGUUCAAGAAGUUGGCUCUCGAGUACCAUCCUGACAAAGGCGGCUCUACUGAAGAUUUUCACAAGCUGCAAUAUGCUGUUGCCAUAAUUAAACAAGCACGUGGACAAGAAGUCUAG